AGACCAGUUUUCUAAUUUAUUCUGCCAAAGAAAGUUGCAAGCUUUUGUUGCGAAUAUUUCUUCAAAAUGUUAGGCUUCACCGUGAAGACGGUCUUAUUGGGGCUGCUCACCAUUCAAGGGACGCUCGCCAGCAUUGGUCAAGUUCCAAAACAGCCGACGCGAACUGGGAGCUCUAGCAGUUUGGGUAGCACUGGAAGUGGAACAAGUCCACAUAUCCUCCCCGUGCGGUAUGCUGACGUUGUUCGAUCUGGAAGCGCAGCAAGUUUGGCAGAUGAGAAAACCAUUGAGAAUGCGGUAACGGUUUACAACGCUCUAGUCACGGUAAUUCGAGAUGUCGUCCUGAAGGCAAAGCUGACCCCGAUCGGAGGCACUGAAGGCGUCUCAUAUAUCGAGAGCUGUGCUGAACACAAGGCUAAAGCCACGAAGGGUGCGGACACCAAGACAGGAAUGUACACCAUUUGGCCCACCGGAAAAGUACUCGACGGACCGAAGCAGGUGUGGUGCGACAUGGACACGGCUGGAGGAGGCUGGACCGUAUUCCAACGACGAGGCUAUGGAACUAUUACUCGGUCAAGUGCCGAAAAAUUCAACAAAAACUGGAGAGAGUACAAAGUUGGGUUUGGAAACGUUUUGAAUGACUACUGGUUAGGCAACGACGCUAUCGUAGCGAUGGGUGCGAGGUGUACUAACGAACUGUAUGUUACCCUCACCUAUUUUGACGACACGGUAAAAUCUGCCACCUACAGCAACUUCACUCUUGGACCAGAAUCUGACAACUACAGACUCCACUUGACAGGAUUCACCACGGGACAAGCUGGCGACAUAUUCGAAAAGAAGCAUGAUGGCCUCGUCUUCAACACUCCGGACAGGGACACUGCCGACAAAUGCGCAACCGAGACAAAGAGUGGAUGGUGGUUUGUCAACAAGGCCUCAAAGGGUUGGUGUGCUUAUGUGAACCUCAACGCCGAGCUGAAGGACAAGGCGACCGAUGUUGAUGGCAUGACCUGGCGCUACAGCAAACUUCUUAGCGGAUACACUGCCCCCGCUAUCAAGAUGGCUGAGAUGAAAAUUAGACCAAAGUGCCCUCCAGCUUAAGUCUGUUGUUCCCUUCAACAACCUCAAUCACCAUUAUUAUUAUUACUACAUACUGCUAUCUCAUUAACUAUCAUCGUCCCUUCCAAUUGUUUAUUUCUGGGGUCAUGAGAGAAUUAUCAAAUUCUUGAACCUCCUAAUUGUAUUGUAUUUAAUGAACUGCUACCAUGUUUGAUUUUUAAAUGAAACUUCUUCAUUACUCAUCUUGCCGAUUUGUUGUAUACUUGUGCUAACAAUAAAAUGACAGCUGUCAAAAUUCACCAGCCUUUUA